UCUCUCUUUGCCGAACUAAAGCACAAACGAAAAGGAAGAAAUUUAUUUCACAUUUUCGUUCUCUCUCUAAAACGUCUCUCUCUCUAAAAAGAUUCACGAAUUCUUCUCCUUGUUUUCGUCGAUCGUUAACCCCUCGGGCGAGGUUUAGGGGCAAUGGUGAUUUCUCACACUAUCCUACUUUUCUCGACCACCAACCUCGGGUAGAUGAGAAACUCAGGGAAGCCUUACCCGUGAUCCAAAUGUUUGGGAGAUUUGGGGAAGUAAUACAACGAUAGAUUCAGGCUCAUCACUAAUUUACCCCUUUCGCAACAGAUGCAAAACCUCCUUGUGCUAGCACUUGUAGCAUAUAGGAUCGGUGGGUGGCCUUGACAUGUCAUUCAAUUUGAUAUUCUGAAUGACAAAUGCUAUUACAGACACGGGUUUAUUGGGAAAUCGAGGUGAAACUGAACUCAGAUUCGCUAUCUGAAAAUAUUAGCAUGGUUGGCUCUACUGGUGACGUUAUAAUAUGGUGAACAUGACAAAGGAGCAAGUUAUAUGGUCGUCUUCUGGAGUUGUGAAUUGUGAUGUUAGCUUCUCUGGCUCUUUAGGCAAGUGUUUCUGUGGUGUGAGGUACUUUCCUCGUACAGAAUUGUUUCUUUAUGGAAGGGAGCAAAGUAAAAAACCGCUGCUUAGCGCUGAUGUCAUGUGUGUACAUAAGAUGUGUUAUCCAUUAAGACGUGCUUCAAGUCGCUUACUUGGUAGUCCAAAACAUUGUAGAGAGUUCGAUCUACCUGACAGCAAAGCAUCUAUAUCCUAGAGGGACUUGUAGGGUGACUUUUUCUUCACAUACAAAUAUUUCAGCUGGAUGGUUGUUGAUGCAAACCAUUGUGAUAGAUUGAUAAGAAGCAUCCUGUCAGAAAUCUUCUGACAGUUUUCCCUAGCCUUUGAACUAUAGGUUGGAAGACAUGGAGGCUAUUAAGGUGCAGUGCCUUGAUCUGUUUCCAAUAAGAGUGGCAAAAGAACACAUGGGUGGUUUAACCUUUGAUUGGCUAGCCUUUUAUGGAUGAAAAUACAUUCCCCUAAGGAGCUGUAGUGUACUCAUUUAUGACAAUGGACCUGCAGAGAAAAGACGUUGCAUUGGAUCCAGGUUGUGUUAGUGAACUCGACGGUGCAAAUGCUUCCAGUUACUCAAUCAAGCAUUUUGACCUUUCCUCUUCGGUAGCAGUAGUGAUUUCCAUGUGGUUCUUGAAGCAUCACCUCCAUAUUCUGCGCAUUCUUAGAAGACAAUUCGCAUUGUUGGGAUGUUUGACCUUUCCUGUAUACUUGUAGGGUUAUUUGUCAGCAAGACACUAAGAGGGAUUUAGCAUUUAGGAACCAUUUAAAGCUUCUGUUCUGCAAUUUGAGAUUGUAAAUUUCCCUAGGGUAAAUGGCUGUCAAUGAUUGUAAUGAAAGAAAUCAAAUGAGACCUGUACUAGAUACUGCAGAGUCAUGCUAUAUAUAGUGUCAGUGGCAGGGAAAGUUAUAUGGCCUUAUUUUAUUUUUGUUUGAGUAGAGAGGCUAUCUUUUCUGUAAAUGAAUCUAAAUUUCCUCAAAAUCUGGAGGACAAAUGCAAGCAGAAGUUACAUCAUAUGUUAGAGACUUCAAAUAUUGCUUAUGCUAAUACCUUUUAUUGUGGAAAUCUUGUGAUUAUUUCCCAUCCUGCUUUAACCUGCCCCUGUUCUCAACUGGGUUUAUAAUUAUAACAUCUACAUGCCUUGUUGAGAAUUCCGGAAUUGGGUGUUUUAUGUGUUUUUGCCAAAUGACAUGUUAACUCCAUCUUGUGCUUGAAUGCUUUGAGAAGUUCCUCUUAACCUGAUGGGUUAGGUUCACAGAGGCAAACCUGAGGGAUUCAUCGGAUUCAGAGGCUUCUUAGCUAUUGAAUCUCAUUUGUUUGAUCUUGCUUCUCUUGGCUUGUAUUUUUAAUAUUUUUAUUUAGCUUUCAUUGAUAAAAUUGAUCUGUAAGUUCUUUUAUUAAUAAUACUAUCUGCAAAAUUUCAUGGCUAACAAAUUGCUCUAUAGAAGUUUAAAUGUAUGUUAUCUGUUAGUGUUAUGAAAUUCUGCUGCAGCACAGACCCUGACUCCAUCAGAAGCUAUUUGCAUAUCAUUUCAUUAGCUCUGAGUUACAAUUUGGUAGGUAUUGAAUCAAAGGUCGAUUUUGGGUUCUAGAUAUCUAUUAAAACCACUUAUUAAUAAUGGGGCAUAGGCAUUUGGUUGGCUCAUCCCAAAUGCUUGACGAUGAACAUGAUCAGGGCUGGAGUCAUGUACAUACUGAACAGCAUUAUGCAAAUCUAGCAAGAUCUGGGACCAAUGACAGCAGAUCAUAUGUUUAUCCAGUCGAAAACAUGGCCAGUGAAGGGUUGCCCUUCUCUUCUCAUUGGAACUCUUCUCCACGACCAAAUGGCUACAUGUCCUCAGGUCACGGUCUUGAGAGACCACACUAUAACUCAGAGGCUUCAGGUCCAUCUCAUGAUCCUUUACUGACUUCAUCAACAGUUGCAUCCUUCACUGCUCCACCAGAAAAUUAUGUGCCCUAUGCAUCUUCUUCGAACUACAACAGCCAGACAUGGCCAAAUGGAAAUUGUGUUGAUCUAUCAAUGGCCAAUGUGAGAGGGGCACAGAAGCGGAAAAGCCCUUGUGCUUCUUCCAUUUGUGAAAGAGGCAGUUCAAGCCAAGACAACGGAGAUAGAAGUUCCUCCGACAUUCCUUUACCCUCCGAAUUGCACAUGGAGAAACCGAUAAUUGGUCCUCAUUACAUGCCAUGGGAUCAUCUUCCCAUGGACCCAUCUUACAGAAGCAAUGGUCUCUUGAUAAGGGGUGAAGGUUCAUCGAGGAAUGUCAGAAGUCGUCCUGCAUUUGAUUUAGAGACCAGCUUAGCUAGGAAUCAUUUGCCAAACAACCCGGGUCUCGGUUCCCAUUCUACAGCCCACUUUAUUGACCAUUCUGUCUCAGGUGAUUUUCCUGCUCAGACAUCUCAAGCUGUGAGUAGGGAAUGGAACUGUUCUCGGCUGUCUCCUGCUCCCAGAGAGAUAAAUGGCUUUUGUCCUGAGACGAAUAACUUUCUUCCUGGGAGAAGUGUUACCAACAACGCACCCAUUGAAACAUCUGGGUUUCAUCAUGGAAUCACAAACAGGCAUUCCAUAGUUCCCCAGAAUUUUCCCGGUACCUCAACACAAUCUGCAAGCAGCGGUCGCGGCAGUUAUUCUCAUAGAUCAAUCCCUACGUAUAGAGCUUCUUCAAGUGGUCUCAGGCUCGGACAUAUAGCGCCUCCCGAUGAAAGGUCUCAUUUGGUAACUGAAACUUAUCCUUCUAGGCAUCUAAGGCCAUUACCCCAUGUCUCAUGGCGUAGCAGUGACCGCUCUGGUAGACGUAGGAGUUCAUAUGAGAGAUUUCAUCAGCCACAUUUCGAUGAAUCCACCCUCCAUGAUCGGUUUUCGUCUGAGGGUUUCAUGGUUGUGGACCGGGCAGGCUACUACGCAUCCGGAAACAUAUUUGACCAGCACAGAGACAUGAGGCUCGACAUCGAUAACAUGACAUAUGAGGAGCUACUCGCUCUGGGGGAAAGGAUAGGGAGCGUGAACACGGGUCUCUCCAACAAUGCAAUCGACAAGUGCUUGGAAGAGACGACAUAUCUAUCGUCGCAUCAAACUGAAGAACAGAGGUUAUGCGUCAUCUGCCUGGAGGAGUACAAGGAAAGGGAAGAGAUAGGGAGAUUGAAGGGAUGUGGGCAUGACUACCAUGGAAGCUGCGUCAAGAAAUGGUUAUCAAUGAAGAACUCAUGCCCCAUCUGCAAAGCCUCUGCCAUUCCCGACCAUUUGAAGAACCAAUAGAUAUAAUCAUAUGGUAACAAAUUUAUAUAUCCCCCUUUGCAGGACUCCCAAUUUGUAUAUAUUUAUUUCGAAAAACGAAAGAAAAGUAGAAUAUGUUGGAAAAAUUAAACAAAUACUAGUUCUAUUCUAGGUGGAAAAAAAGCCUUUUAGGACUGUUGUGAUGGAGCCUCUUGAAUCCUUUAGAAUUUUCGUUUUCAUGAUGAAUUUAUUUUUGGAAAAUGAAUGAGCUUUCCCUUUUUGUGA